GCAAACUUCGACGGAGCAUCAAUCAAAACCGGACCGACGUGGGGACCCACCCAUCCCGUGACGUCACUGGGCUCUGACAAGCUGGUGGUGCCGGAAGAAAAGAUGGCGGAUCAUGAGGAGCAGCUAUCCGAUGAGGAAAAGGUACGCAUAGCGGCUAACUUUGUCAUCCACGCCCCACCAGGAGAAUUUAAUGAAGUUUUCAAUGAUGUGCGAUUGCUGCUCAACAAUGACAAUCUGCUCAGGGAAGGUGCAGCGCAUGCAUUUGCACAGUACAACUUGGACCAGUUUACCCCUGUGAAAGUCGAGGGCUACGAAGAACAGGUCUUAAUCACAGAGCAUGGUGAUCUUGGAAAUGGCCGGGUCUUGGACCCCAAGAAUAAGAUCUCCUUCAAGUUUGACCACCUGAGGAAGGAGGCCAGUGACCCACGGCCCCAUGAUGUUGACAGCUCCCUGGAAGGCUGGAGGAGUGCUUUGGACUCUGCCGUCAGGGCCUAUGUCAAGGAGCACUAUCCGAGCGGUGUCUGCACCAUUUAUGCGAAAACCAUUGAUGGACAUCAGACCAUCAUCGUGUGCAUUGAGUGCCAUCAGUUUCAACCAAAAAACUUCUGGAAUGGACGCUGGAGGUCAGAAUGGAAAUUUACCAUCUCCCCCUCCACCACCCAAGUGGCAGGAAUCAUGAAAAUCCAGGUUCAUUACUAUGAGGAUGGAAACGUCCAGCUGGUGAGCCACAAGGAGGUUCAGGAGUCCAUGUCAAUUUCUAAUGAGGCUGCAACUGCAAAGGAGUUUGUUAAGAUCAUGGAGGCUGCAGAGAAUGACUAUCAGACGGCCAUCAACGAGAAUUACCAGACCAUGUCGGACACUACCUUCAAAGCCUUACGCCGCCAGCUUCCUGUGACACGCACCAAGAUCGACUGGAACAAGAUCCUGAGCUACAAGAUUGGCAAAGAGAUGCAGAAUGCUUAAAAACAGCAAAGAUAACAGUCAGAUCCCCACUCCCCGCCCCCAGCCCCUCCAUCCCCAUUCAAAAAAAUGUUGCAUGACUGGAUAGUUGUAUCGUCUUUGUACAAACAAUUAGAGAAAAUGGGGGCAAAGAAAGGUUUGGUCUCACAGAUAUCAUAUGACACCUUGGAUGACUGAUUUUAUACAGACACUCUUAACUCCUGUAUACUGAAUUUGUGAUCGUAUUUGGGAAAAUCUGUCUUGAGGAAGCUUUGCGAGACAUAGGACACAGGGUGGAUACUUGUUUGCAUAAACACCCUUAUGAAAUAAAAUAUCAUGUGUGCAGUAAGUAUUGCAUCAGUGAGGCCACACCUUUUUGUUUGAUGGAAAAUCGGUUAGAGUUUGCAAUAAUGGUGAAAACAAAUUCAUUUCUGGGAGAAUUUUUGUCUGCAUUUACAGAGGAAGUCAGUUACUCUGUAAAUGCAGUUACUAUGGCUGAAACGAACAACUCCCCAACCCACACCCCUCGUGCCCCCACCACCACCACCAAAAAAGAAGUUUUGUGUUCAUUGACUGAUAUCUUUGGCACAAGCAGCCACCACUGUCAGCCACUCAAUGUUCUUGUUCUCUUAUUUUGGUACUUCCCCCUCACCCUUUGUCCUGUGUGUGCGCUCUCCAGCUUGCAGCACUCCUGGCUACCUUUUGACUUGAUAUUGUCUGAACUCUCACUCAGCGCAGGGAGUUCUGUGACCACUUAACAAGCUUAAAUAACAAGUCAUCAGUCGCGAAAGUAAUUUGCAUAAUGUCCAAUUUACAAUAAAAUUUAAAAAAAUAUCACUUUCUCCUCCAGUACUUAUUUUUAUUAAAAACAGAACCUGACUGUAUUAUAUAACAAGGCACAUUGUAAUAUAUACCUGUAUGAAACAUCCUGUCUGUCAGUUUGGUGAUUUGUUUCCAUGAGAUUAAUUGUAAUUCAGUCACAAUUAUGUUGCAUUAAAUGACAAAUUUUCUAUUUA